AUGCAUCCUCUUUUGCAUACCAAGGACAAUGCCGCCUGCUACGACGUCAUGGUCGCCUUCGAAGAAUGCCACGCCCGCGGCUUCCUCUGGAAGUCCAUGGGCAUGUGCAACGAGCUCAAGGAGGAGCUGGCGGCCUGCCUGCGCGCCGAGCGCUUCAAGACCCAGAAGAUCAACCAGAGCAGCGUGGCGGACAAGAAGGCCAUUAUCCGGCAAAAGUGGAAGGAGAUUGAUGAGAACUCCUAA